GGCCGCGCAAGGAACACACACGAGCGCGCGCAUUCGGAGGUAGCGGUGGAGUAGCGCCUUCGUGCUGGUGUGGUUUAGUUGCAAGUGCUCCUCUCUACACCGCGGAAAAGCCUCCUAAAGUUUCCCUCGGGCUUUUCUCGGACCGGCAGGCCUGGCAGCACCGAGUACGCGGACGCAAGAGACGUGAGGAUAGAUGAGCUAAAAGAUGUGGAUCCUUUCAGCCUGCGCCUUCUGAAUCUUUGCACACACACACACACAUACACACACACACACACGAACGCACACAGAUACUGUGAGUCAUGUCUGAGAUGGAGGGUCGCAGUGAUUCAGGCCUUGCCCCAGGGCAGGUCUAUGUGGAAGUGGAGUAUGAUUAUGAGUACAAGGCCAAAGACAGACUCAUUUCCAUACAUCAGGGGGAGUGCUACAUGCUGGUGAGGAAAACCAAUUCUGACUGGUGGCAGGUGAGGCGGGAAGACGGCACUAAGGCUUUCUAUGUGCCUGCACAGUAUGUGCGUGAGGUGAGGCGAGCGCUCAUGCCACCCCCCAAACCACGCAUCAAACCCCCCAUCACCCUGCCUAUCACCCUACCCAUAACCCAUUGUUCCUCGGCCAGUGAAAACCUGCAACAGCGGACACCAUCAGACAUGGUCAGCUUCGGACGGCCGCCCCCUUCCAGCACGCCUUCCCCGUUACCAGAGCAGCACACUCCACCCUUACUGUUGCGGGACUCCAAUCAGAAUGCAGGGAUGAAAGACGUGCUUGCAGAGCUCGCUCUGCUCAACAACAACAACCAUCAUAACCAUCACCAUGGCAACACAGUGCUGCUGCCGCGCACCAGGCCCGAGUCGCCAUCCAAGGAGCCGCCAGGUUGCCGGGGGAAACCCCAAGGAGUGUCACCGUCAGAUACAGACGGAUCAUCGCCAGGAAACGGCUCGGAGGUGUUGCGUAACGAUUCGGAAUCAGGAGACGAGCUGAGCAGCAGCUCCACAGAGCACACACAGGCAGUGUCUCCUAUAGGCCAUGGUCGUCCAGAGUCCCCUGUCUACACCAACCUGCGGGAGCUGAAGGUCUCUCAGUCAUCUUUACCUCCUCAUCCUUCGUCCUCUCCUCUGCAUGUACUGGGGGACUGGGAGACCCAUAAGGACGUGAACGGAAGACAUUUCUACUACAACAAGACCACCCAGGAAAGGACGUGGAAACCUCCACGCUCUCGGGACACCACCGGGGGCAGCCGCGGAGACACUGCCAACACCACCGACAUGGAGCCGCUGUCGUGUGAAGAGAACUGCUUGAGCACACACUCCAGUCAAUCAGACAGUCAGUAUGGCUCACCCCCGAGAGGCUGGUCUGAAGAACUGGAUGAACACGGCCACACACUUUAUGUGUGCGAAUACAAUAAUGAGAAGUGGAUAAAGCAUGUGGAUGAGCAGGGCAGGCCUUACUAUUACAGCGCUGAUGGAUCUCGCUCUGAAUGGGAACUUCCUAAAUACAAUCUUCCUUCUCCAAACACCACCGAUGUUCCUAAAAGUCGCAGUUUGGAAAGGAAGCAGCCAGAUCCAAUAGUCCUGACCAAAUGGCGAUAUAGCACCUUUGUAGACCUCAGUGAUAAGCUGUCAAUCAAAAAUAGGCGCUUCACCAUGGGACACUUCUCCAGAGGUUUCGGCCUAUCGUUGUACAGAUAUCAAGAGUCUGGGACCAACAAACAUAACUCCCCUGACUCUGACUCCUGUCCUUCUUCACCUAAACACUCAUCUACACUGUCAGAAAAGUGUGGUGUUCUCAAUGUCACCAAGAUCACUGAGAAUGGAAAGAAAGUCAGGAAGAACUGGACCUCCUCCUGGACGGUACUGCAGGGUUCCACACUGCUGUUUGCUAAGGGUCAGAACAGCGCCACCAGCUGGUCGUACUACCGCAAUGGCUCAUUCCCUGAGCUCCUCCUCUCGUUGCUAAGCAACUGGAAGCGUUCAGUUAAGCCCCGCCCUGCAGUCUCCUAUAAGCACUUUGGGCCUUAUUCUUUUGGAGGAAACCAGUCGAAGCCAGAAUUUGCAGUGGACCUUCGGGGUGGGUCAGUGGAGUGGGCAUCUAAAGAGAAGUCCAGCAAGAAGCAUGUUAUUGAGCUAAAGACGCGUCAGGGCACAGAGCUGCUGAUUCAGUCCGAGAUAGACAGCGUCAUCACAGACUGGUACAGGGCUCUCACUGAGGUUGUCAAUACACACGCCUGGGAGUCAGAUGAGGCUAUUGAAGAGGAUAUGCCAGAGUCUCCCGGAACAGAGAAACAAGACAAAGAAAAAGAGCAGAGAGAUUUCAAGAAAAGCAAAUCAAUGAAGAGUGCCGCUAUGGAGUCAGCAGAUCAGAAGAAGACCAGAGUCAAACUUAGGAAGUUUCUCACCAGACGACCGACCUUACAGGCUGUCAGAGACAAAGGCUACAUUAAGGAUCAGGUGUUUGGCUGCAGUAUGACCAGUCUCUGUUCCAGGGAGAACACCUCCGUACCCAACUUUGUCCGAAUGUGUAUUGAGCAUGUGGAGAACACAGGCUUAAAUGUUGAUGGAUUGUACAGAGUCAGUGGAAACCUGGCUGUCAUUCAGAAACUGCGCUUUGCUGUCAAUCAUGAUGAGAAGGUGGAUCUAGCGGACAGUAAAUGGGAGGAUAUCCAUGUGAUAACUGGUGCACUGAAGAUGUUUUUCCGGGAGCUUCCAGAGCCCCUUUUCACCUAUUCCUCCUUUAAUGACUUUGUUAAUGCCAUCAAAAACUCAGACUACAAGCAGCGAGUUCAGGCCAUAAAAGAUUUAAUCAAGCAGCUGCCAAAGCCGAAUCAGGAAACAAUGCAAGUCCUAUUCAGACACCUGAAAAGAGUGAUAGAACACGGAGAGGCCAACAGGAUGACGACUCAGAGCGUGGCCAUUGUGUUUGGUCCGACCCUCCUGCGACCUGAGACAGAGACGGGCAACAUGGCUGUCCAUAUGGUCUACCAGAAUCAGAUUGUAGAACUUAUCCUCUUGGAAUAUGACAACAUAUUUGGCAGGUAGAGCCCCUGGGAACUGUCCUCUCAUGUGCUUAUUCCAAAAAUAAUGCCAAACCAUAACCACUGCAGAAUCCAUCAUGUAAAAGCAAAGGCAUGCUUCAUUUGCUGUGGACCAGGCUUAAUACCGAACAUAUAAAGAGAAGAAUAUCUGCAUUAUAACAUUGCUAAAUGGUUGAAAUAACACAAGAAUAUUAAAAAGGUACUUCAUGCACUUCCUGCUUUUGGACUAUUGAAGCUGUGCAGCUGUUUCUCUGGUUUUUAGUAUUCCUGAAAAGGAGCUGCUACUCCUGAUUGAGAAUAAGCUGGAUGGAUUUGUUCAUUUGUUUGGCACAGUGGAUCAUCCUCCAUCCUCCUUGCUCUACCUGGACGUUACACUCAUAUCUGUACCAAUCUGGAUGACGAAUCUGCUGUAGGCUGAGUAUCCUGGAAUAUGAAGAGAUUUCAAGUGUAUGUAUAUAGUGAAUAGUGAAGUAAACCCGAAACUGGAUUGGAGUUUCUUUUUAUUUUUUUCUUGGUUUGGACAAAUCUGCACUUCUGAAUAUUUUUUUCUUAAAAAAUGUAUAAAUGGAACAUUAUGAAAAGCAGUAUUGUUUCUCAACAGCUAAUCUGUGGAGGGAAAGUGAGCCAUUAUUCUAUAUAAAUAUGCGUAACGGCUUUGUCAGUAUUACUCAUUAAAUAACUGGACCCUGAGAAGGAUUUACACGGCUUAAUAGACUUGGUUUUUCUCCGGUCCUGCUUUCCAAGCUUAUGCUAUAUGCCAUUUUGACUGCAAUCCCGCUAUCUGGAAAGAUUUGCAUCCCCUUCCAUAAAUGACUACCAGAUUACUGUCCUGUUCAUCUCAUUGUGACAACAUCUCAACCAAUAGGGUCAUCUAAAGGCUCUGUGAGCUCUGAGGAACUCUGCACUCAAUCAAGUAACUGGACUAUGGCAAUAUUAGGACAAGUGGAACCAUAGUCAGGGGGUUGUUCUCUGUGUUAAAGAAGGACUAAAAUACACAGAUUUCCACGAUUUAGAAUUUACUUAGGUUGCUCAAACUUUCCUAUUUACACCCCGCUUGCAAGCCAUUGGGAUUAUUUCUAAUUCUUCCUCCUUACACUUCUCUCCCCCUUCUUUCCCACUCCUGCGUUACUGGAAUUUGAAAGGGGAGACGUUUGCGUUCAGUCGUGAACGCUCCUGUUUCAGAUCAAUAGAUCUCCUCACCUACUUUUCUCUCUGUACAUCUCCACAUCAGUAUGAACAGCAAAAAGGCAGGGUUGUACAGGAAAUAGUGUUUAUGGUGUGGUCAUGCUGCACAUGCUUUUUUCAGGUACACAUAAUGAAAAGCCUUUUUAUACAGGAGUUCCAAAAUAUAUGUACAGAUUACGGAUAAAAGAUCUUGAAAUCUUUUGAAGUUCGAAAGAUUUCCCUAAUAUUGUAUAAUAAAAUAUUAGAGUAAUAAAUAUGAGAUAUUAAUUGCUUCAGAUGAAGGGUUGUAUUGCAAUGCAUUGUGAACAGCACAUUUGAAUGUAAUUGUGAGACUAACUACUGUUUCUGACAUUGACAUGUCUAAUCCUAAUUAAAAAGAGAUCACAUGCAAACUA